GGUCCCUCCAAUGACCAAUGAUAUCAUCGAAUCGAAAGCUGCUCUCUGGUUUGUAAACAUGGCGGCUUUGGGAAAGAGGAAGCGUUCGGGUGGUGUAUUCACCAACUCCCAAACUCAGAAUAGCCGUCCAAAUCUAUCAUCUAAUACACGGGAUGACACGCAAACGGACGGGGGUAGCGAUGAAAGAGGAUUUGUGGAAGGAUCGAUCGUUAGAAUCACUAUGAACAACUUCCUGAGUUAUAACCACUCUGAAGUGAUUCCCGGGCCGAACCUCAACAUGAUCGUGGGACCCAACGGAACGGGCAAGUCCAGCAUCGUCUGUGCCAUCUGCCUGGGCCUGGCUGGGAAGACUGCCGUCCUGGGCCGAGGGGACAAGGUUGGGCUCUACGUGAAACGCGGCUGCGCCAAAGGCUCCGUGGAGAUCGAGCUGUUCCGGAAGGGGAAUAACCUGGUGGUCCAGCGGGAGAUCUGUGUGGAGAAUAACCAGUCCAUGUGGACCCUCAAUGGCCGGCACGCCAGCCUGAAGGCCGUGGAGGAGGAGGUGAGGGCCCUGCACGUGCAGGUGGGGAACCUGUGCCAGUUCCUGCCCCAGGAGAAAGUUGGUGAGUUUGCCAAAAUGAGCAAGAUCGAGUUGCUGGAGGCCACAGAGAAAUCAAUUGGACCACCUGAGAUGUAUGAGUUCCACUGCAAGCUCAAGACCUUUCGAACCGAGGAGAAGAAAAUGGAGAACAUGUGUAAGGAGAAGGCCAGCCACCUGGAGAAGCUCUCGCAGAGGCACGACAGGAGCAAGCAGGACGUGGAGCGCUACUAUGAGAAGAAGAGACACCUGGACAUGAUCAAGAUGCUGGAGUCCAAGAGGCCGUGGGUGGAGUACGAGACUGCACGGGAGGAGCAUAUUGCGGUGAAGCUUGAACGGGAGGAGGCUAAGGACAAGCUGCGGUCGCUGAAGGACUCCCACGCCCCCGUCGUGCGCAGGCUCCAGGCCCUCGACAGCCAACUGCGCCCCAUCGAAGGCCACAUUAAGGAGAAGGGGCUGGCAAUCAGGGAGGCAUCACAGAAGUGCAAGGAGAAGCAGGACCAGCUGGACCUGAAGAGUAAGCAGAUAGAGGACCUGCAGCAGGCUGUGCGGCUGAAGCAGACUGAGGAAGCAGGCCGACAGAAGCGCAUCCUGCACACGCGUCACAUGAUCGAGGACCUGCAGACACAGCUGCGCAGCACAGAGCAGCAGGACGACCUCGCCCCACAGAUCGACUCCGUCAACGCAGAGCUGCGCAGGGUCCAGGAUCACAGGGUGCAGACGGACGGGGAGAUGACCGAUCUGCGCAGAGAAAAGAACUCCCACACCGGGGAACUGACGAUUUUACAGAAUAGGCUGAGGGGUCUGGAAAACGUGAUGAAGAGGAAGGAGGAUGCCCUGAACAGAAGGUUCCGCGACACGUACCACGCCCUGCAGUGGCUGCGGAACAACCGUCAGCGUUUCAAAGGCAACGUGUACGAGCCCAUGAUGUUGGUGGUUAACGUCAAAGACUCUCGGCACGCCAAGUACAUCGAGAACGUCAUCCCCCAGAACGACCUGAGAGCUUUCGUCUUUCAGAGGCAAGACGACAUGGAGGCGUUUAUGACUGAGGUGCGAGACCGCCAGAGGCUGCGUGUCAAUGCGGUGAUUGCCCCAGCAGUGUCCUGCGCCAACAGACCUCCCUCCCGACCAAUCGAGGACCUGCAGUACUUUGGUUUUUUCUCCUACCUGCGUGAGCUGUUUGACGCUCCAGAGGAGGUGAUGAGUUACCUGUGCCACCAGCACCGAGUCAACGACAUUCCCGUGGGAACGGAGAAAACCAAGGCCAUGAUCGAAACAGUCAUCAGAGAGUCUCAGUUGCGGAUCUUUUUCACAGCCGAGGAGAAGUACACGGUGAAGAAGUCCUCCUACAGCAAUAAGACCAUCUCCAGUAACUCCGCCCUCCGCCCCUCCCAGUUCCUCUCCAUGACGAUAGACAUGGACGAGAAAUGGCAGCUGGAGGACAAGAUGAGGGCCGCCGAGCGGAGCCUGGGGGAAAUGGACACUCGUCUGAAGGACCUGCAGGAUCGGCUCAGCCAGCUGGAGCGCCGGGACAACGAGCUCCGCGCUCAGAAGAAGCUCCUGUUAGACCAGAAGAGCCAGAAGAGGCAACUGGAGCAGAAAAUCAGCACCAAACAAGACAGUCUGCGGCAGAUGGAGGAAGGGGGUAUUGACCUCCAGAGAGUGGAGCAGGAGGCCAGGGUUAAGAUCCGUGCGGUGAACUCCGAGAAGGUGGCCAUCGUGGCAGAGUUCACACAGUACAUGAAGCUCAGGGCCAGGUUACAGGUGGAUAAGGUGUAUUACGCACUGGACAUUGUGCAGCUGACUGCAGAGAGGUCUAGGCUGGAGGCGGAGUCCAGAGAGUGUGCAUCCGAACUGAAGGCGUUGGAGAAAGCGGUUGCAGACCUGUCUCAGCAGAAGGCCCGGCUCCAGCAGGUGUGUGAGGGGUUGCUGAAGAAAGCCAAACACGUCUGCAACAUGGGCCCCAACGACAUGGCUGUGCCUGAGCACCUGCGCCCGGCGUUUGGUCAGCUCCCCAACACGCUGGAUGAGAUAGAUGCCCAGCUGAACGAGGAGCGGUCCCGAGCAGAGUGCUUCACCGGUCUCAGCGCCACGGUGGUGGAGGAGCACAACAAGAAGACACAGGAAAUCCAACAGCUAAAGCAGGACCUCGAGGAGAGGAAGAAGAGCCUGGACGACUACAGACUGAGCAUCUCUCAGGCGAAGGAGAAUUGGCUGAACCCACUGAAGCAGCUGAUCGAGCAGAUCAACAAGAAGUUCAGUGAUUUCUUCUGCUCCAUGCAGUGCGCUGGCGAGGUGGACCUGCAUUCCGAGAACGAGGAGGAGUAUGAUAAGUACGGGAUCCGUAUCCGGGUGAAGUUCCGCAGCAGCACGCAGCUCCAUGAGCUGACGGCGCAUCACCAGAGCGGGGGCGAGCGGAGCGUGUCCACCAUGCUGUACCUCAUGGCCCUGCAGGAGCUCAACCGCUGCCCCUUCCGCGUGGUGGACGAGAUCAACCAGGGUAUGGACCCAGUCAAUGAGAGGAGGGUGUUCGACAUCGUGGUCCGAGCCGCCUGCAAUGGAACCACCUCUCAGUACUUCUUCAUCACGCCCAAGGUGCUACAGAACCUGACGUAUGCAGAUGAGAUGACCGUACAUUGUGUCCACAACGGCUUGCAAAUGCUCCCGGCCAGCGAGUGGAAACUGAAGAGCUUCAUCCGCCGUUCCCAGCGCAAACUCAAACACGCGGCUAACCAAUGACACGCUCAGGGCUUGGGAACAAACACGUGGCUGACCAAUGGACUCCUCCCACCCAGCCACAUUUAAACCUGCAAAGAGUCAGUCUUUAGAAACUGCACAGUACAGAGAACAAAACAAUUGUUCUGCAGUUUGUUGGUUUCCAGGACUGCUUUGUUGCUAGUGUGUACAUUUCCUAUACAUUUAUAAAUAAGAGCUGCUUUACAACAGCAUACGUUUUAAGGGUCAGAUUUGGACCCCCAAGGUGUUCAGAAGGCUUGCUUAUACAACAUAUUCAUUCUACAGCUAUUUCUAUUUCUUCAGGGUCAUUUUCCAUUAAUCACUGGUCGCUUCUGACUGCCUGUAAGCAGGCUGUUUGUUCCGGUUUUUUUUUUACAAAAGAAUACGUUUGUGUAUUUUCAUAUUUGGGAAUUAAAGUUGUUUCUCACUUGUGCUCUGUGGAAA